GGUUUUGUUAGUAACAGCUCUUUGCCAUGUAAUUAGAUAUUGUUAUCAGCCAAUAGUGUGUAUUCCGUCUGUGAUAGUGUAACAUUUCAUUAAUUUAUUAUUAAUUAAUAGUAAUGGUAAAUAUUUUAGUGAAAUUUUAAAGAUAGUAUUUAAAAUGCAUCACUUAAAUAUUUUAUUAGCUUCCCUGACAUUUGUAGUGAUCUUCAAUGAGUGCAAGGGACACUUCACUGCAGAAGAUUGUUGGGCCAUAGGAAUGAAUAAAGCCAGUCUUUUAUGUUCUACUUGUGACCAAUUACCGAAAUAUGAUUUAGAAUUUAUGAAGGAGAACUGCUUGAAUUGCUGUACCCGAGAAGAAGGUACUUCUGCUAUCAAGAGAUAUCCAAGAGCUAGUUUAGAAGUGUGUACAUGUAAAUUCGGUGCUUACCCACAAAUACAAGCUUUUAUCAAGAGUGAUAAACCACAUAAGUUUCCGAACCUAACCAUUCGAUACGUGAGAGGACUUGACCCCAUUAUCAAGCUCAUGGAUGAGUCUGGUAAUGUGCAAGAAGUUUUAGCCAUUGAGCGUUGGGAUACUGAUACUGUAGAGGAGUUCUUGAAGACCCAUCUCGAGACAGAUUCUGAUAAAGAUUACCUGAGGACUAACAGGAUUUAUUGAGAUAACUUAUGUAAUUUGAAUAAUUUGGUGCAUUUAUAAUGAUGUGUCUUGUACAGUCAUUAUACUACCAAAAUAGUUUAAGGUUUUUCUAAAUCCGUCAGGUACAUUGGAGAGAUAUUAUUUCUUUCAUAUUUAAAGAAAAAGUAUUUCAUUCCAGUGGUAGGGUCUUGGUUUUCCUUUUGAGUCUUCCAUAAAAAAGCUGGCAAUAAAUAAAAAAGUAUUCAGAGGAUUCCUUUAUUAGGAUUAUUUCAUCUGCUGAAGUAAUUUUACUUGAUGUUUGUCAUUACUGUUUUGUGCUACUGUCAAUAUCUUUUUCAUAAUAUUUUUUGUAAAAAUAAAAUUAUCUGGUGCUUGAAAUUUAUAUUUAUGAUGUACAAUUUUAAAAUAUAAUAAUGAUAAACCUUUCCAAUUUAUUUGUUCCCUUUUUUCUCAUUAAUCUUGUUUGGGCAGGAAUGGUAUUGAUUUAGCCAAAAACUAUCAUCCACAAAUCCUAUACACCAUACACAGG